AUGCCAUGGAGCGACACCGCAGAGGCAGCGAGCAAAGACUCCAAGCCUGUCGAAAAAGACGGAUACGCACCACUCGUUCGACCACUGGAGAUUCGGGUGCUGAUUCUGCAUCCUGGUAAAAAGGGCUCUCCGAUCGAAUGCACGCUUGAACAUCGUCGUCUCGGAUCCAGCAAGGCCCAAUUUGACGCCCUCUCAUAUGUUUGGGGAAGCCCAGCCGUCACGGGCGAAAUCACCUGCAACAACAGGCGGAGAAAUGUGGGCAGGAAUCUUUACAAUCCACUGGCGCGGCUUCGGCUUCCAAACGAGGAAAGGGUCUUGUGGAUUGACGCCCUCUGCAUCAACCAGGCCGACAACCAGGAGAAGACGCAGCAGGUUCGCCUCAUGGGCGAGAUCUAUUCGAAAGCACAGCGGGUGCUCAUAUGGCUGGGAAAUAAUGAGGCUAUACAAGAGGGAGUUGGCAAGUUGGCUUCAUGGCAACCUGACGAAAAGCGUGUCGACUGGAAGCCGCUCAAGCCUGUGUUUACAAAUGUGCUGUUCUAUCAAGCCCAGGCUUUCCUGAUAUGGCUCGGAUUCGAUAGUGCAGUAAACAUGGGCGUCGCAAAUCUUGAAGAGCCGCAAUCCCCAAAGCAGUUUGACUGGUCCGCACUCAUGCCCGUCGUCCAAAGCCCGUGGUUCAGCAGAGUCUGGUGCAUCCAAGAGCUGGUCUUGGCAUCGAAUCCCCUCAUAGUCACGCGUGACUCGAUGAUUUCCUGGGAUCAAUUUGCCAGAGCCGUGUUGGAGCUUAGAACGCAAUUCGACACCUACCGAAUGAAAACGCAACGCCAAAACAACCAAUCCAUCGAAAACUUUUAUUUCCUCCACGACAUGCGACAAAAGCACGAGAAAAAGAGGAGCCAAAGGCAUAACCUGCUGGAACUGCUCUUCCUCACUCGAGGCUUCCAAGCUACAGACCCCCGAGACAAGUUGUUUGCGCUCGUCGGCCUCGCAGGGGACGUUUUAUCUUCCGACUGGGAGGUGACGCCAAACUACGAUUUGACCGUUGCCGAGGUCUACCAUCGCUUCGCUCUCUGGCAUCUGACUCGCAAAAGGCAGUUUGAAAUCUUCUCCUUUGGCCGCGGCCAGAGCCUUCCUCUCUCCCCAGAGCUGGAGCCACUACCUUCUUGGGUCCCCGACUUGACGAGGCCGGACUUUGCCGCACCGCUUCCGAAACUCGAGUAUCUCUCAAUCAACUACAUUGAUCUUCGGUAUGACGUGCUCAAAGAGUUUGCACUGCGUAAAAAGUAUUUCGGGGAAGCCGUCAAGGUCUACCACGCGGAUCUGAAAUAUCCUUGGUGGGCCCUCGGACGUCAAUCCGACUUUCGCCCAGCCCGCAUUGCCUUCUCCCAAGGGACGGCGGUGAUACACGUGGUAGGCACCAAAAUCGGGGCCCUAAAGGCCAUGGGUACGCCGUUUGACCAGAAGAUUGCGAACCAAGACUUCAUGGGCGAGGAUUCGGGCUUUGCUUCCAACAUCUUGCACACAUGGGCUUGGUUCAACCAGACGUGGGCCGUGGCUGGGCAGAACGUGCUCGGCGACAUGUAUGCACGGCUCCCCAAGGACAUAAUCGACGCAGUAUGGCGUACAAUGAUAUGCUGCAUGACGGCGAACGGGAAGAAUGCCCAGUUUACCAUCUAUUCACGUGCAGCACAGGCUUUGUAUGAGAAUUAUCUCGUCAACGCAGAGCGCCUUGGACUAAAGCACGGCGAUAGCUCACUUACACCAGGCAGUGAAGUCAAUAAGACCGCGCAAGUUGCUGUCCAUGAUGUCGUGCCUCUCACCGAAGAUUUGUUAACCAAGCUUCUUCUCAUGCACACAAGCGCGGUGAAAUGGUGCCCAGGGCGCCGGUUUGCAGUUACAGAUGCUGGUGAUUUCGCCGCCGUGCCCAAGGCCGCGCAGAAGGGAGAUGUUGUCUGCAUCUUCAACGGAGGGAGAGUACCUUAUGUUUUGAGGCCAUGUGCAAAUGGAAACUACACUCUAGUCGGCGAGUGCUAUGUGGAUGGGAUGAUGAGGGGAGAGGUGAGGGACAGAUUUCCAAGACGGUCACACGAGACAAGCUUUUCGAUACAAUAA